AGAGUGACGUUCGGGAAUUAUAUAUUUGUAUUCGUCACAUAGUUUGGCGUUGAGUGAGUGACUGUUAAAUGAGUCGUAGUGGCGCAUUCAGUUCGGAGUGCGAGCAGCAGAGGUGCGCGACUACUGAUCACCGGAGGAGCACCGAGGAUCGGAAACGGAAAGCAGUAGUCACGCCAACAUCCUUCUUCGUCGUCCUUCUCAUCCUGCCGGCCUGGUACUUCUUCAGUGGUGGCGCGCCGUAUUCGCAUCCUUCGUCGCGCGAACACCCUCUAGUUCUUGUUCAAUUAUUGCUUGAUUUGUUCAGUUCGUUGUUGUUUUUUCUUGUUGUUAAUCGUCCGCUACUGCCUCCUGUUGCGUGCUGUGCUGUUUGUUGUUGUUUGUUUUGUGCCCCCACGUGAUGUUAGUUGCUGUUGAUGAGGAUGAAGAGUCGCACCGUUAAGAGCCAUCACCAUCAGCAAUAUCCUGCCAUCAGUUCUGCCUAUUGGCAACCGGCGCCUGCCGCUGGACCAUAUCUAGUCCCAGAAAGGAAAUUGUUUGUGGGGAUGUUGAGUAAGAAGCUGUGCGAGAAUGACGUUCGAGCGAUGUUCAACGCUUACGGAACGAUAGAAGAGUGUUCGGUGUUGAGGGACAACGCUGGACAGUCGAAGGGUUGCGCCUUCGUGACCUUUGCUAGUAAGCAGUCCGCGUUGAGCGCGAUCAAAGCACUGCACCAGUCCCAAACGAUGGAGGGUUGUUCGGCACCUCUGGUAGUCAAAUUCGCCGAUACGCAGAAGGAGAAGGAGCUGAAGAGGCAGCAGCAGAUGCAGGCGAAUAUCUGGGGACCACUGACGGAUCACAGGUUGCAGCAGACGCCUCAGCAGUUCAGCCAAGUGCUGCCCAAUGACACGACGUCUCUGCAACUGCUUCAGGCGAUGAACUCUAUGAACAGUACCGCACUUCUUCAGCAGCAACUGCUGACGGGCAGCGAUAACCUGCUUGCACCUAUCGGUAUGCAGAACCUAGUUACCCUUGCAGCGAUGUCGCAACCUGCAGCCGCUGCUGCUUCACCCUUAUGUAUGGCCAGUUUACUUGGAAAGUCUGCGAGUGUUGAUAGGACACUGUCGGCCAGUUUGCAACCUAGUCUCACUACCACCACCGACCUUUCUAGUUCUUACGGCUCGUUAUUUGCCAAUGCUACCAUUUCGGCGGCGGCGAUCGCCGCUGCUGGCAAACAAGUUGAAGGUUUUGCUAAUGUUGCAGGUCCCGAGGGCUGCAACCUGUUCAUCUACCACCUUCCCCAGGAGUUCAACGACACGGACCUGGCAUCCACGUUCCUGCCGUUCGGCCCUGUGAUCUCGGCGAAGGUGUUCAUAGACAAACAGACCAAUCUGUCGAAAUGUUUCGGUUUCGUGUCGUUCGAUAACGCUCAGUCCGCGCAGCAGGCGAUCCAGGCGAUGAACGGUUUCCAGAUUGGCACGAAACGUUUAAAAGUGCAAUUGAAACGGUCCAAAGACGCCUCAAGACCAUACUAACUAAGGAUUUUGGGUAUUAUACUUGGAUGGAAAACCCAAAUUUAGUUGCGCCAUAGGCAUCAUCUCUCCCAUGUGGCGACCACCACC